AUGUCGAUCGAAGCGCUUCCAAACAAACUACUACUGCAAAUUUUUAACCAUUUGAGCUGGAAAGAGCUCAGGUCUAAUCUAUCGCUGGUGAAUAAACGAUGGUACCGGGUGAUUGGAAUGCACUGCAUGGCCGACAAGGCUACUCUCCAUCUAUCGAAACCCGACUCAAAGCGAUCAAAAAAUUGGGAUGACAUUUGCAUUCCUCUGGAAGUGCUGUGUGGCAGUUCACGAGAGUACUCUAAAUUUAGUUGUUCGAUGCGGUCAUUGAAGAAUGAGUUAUUGAUCGACGGGAGGUUCGCCACUGUGCUGCAGUAUUGUCAUCAACGAUGGAAAAUGCACACCUUGCGCAUAAUGGCUCACUACGCUCAGUUUAUUGCAUUUCUGCAGCAUCACAGAAACCUGUUGAAUGAUGUGAUUAAAAUAAACAUACUAGUCAUUGAUAUUUCCCCACCGGAUGGAUUGCGGCACGAUGAUGAAGCUUUGCAUCACACAUUUUUUAUGCUACCGAUGAAUAAUAUUCAAAAAAUGGAUUUUGAGCACAGGCAAAUCAGUAAUAACUAUCAGUCACCAACUUAUGUUUUAGCACUGAUAACACCAAAUUUGGAAACUCUAAACAUCCAACGUUGCGUUAUACGCAACAAUGUUCGCAUUGAGUUGCACGAGUGUCCUAAACUGCGUUCGAUUUACAUGUUUAGUCGAAAACCGUUGAGGGGAGCAUUCGUUCCAGAUCCCGUCGAGCUAGAAAACAUAUCGUCACAUCAAACUCCCCUAUUCUCCAAGAUAAAACUAAUCGGAGUUUCCGUAGCGACCACAUUCGCGGCUAUCUUUAGCAAUCUAAGAAACAUCUUCUUGGCAUAUGUGAGAGUUGAUCCUACCGACCAUGCGUUGACUUGCGAAAACCUAACCGAGCUGACAGUUCAUUCAUUGAUUCUACAAAAGCCUCUCAAGCUUAUUGCACCACAACUGCGCUCAUUGAAUUGUGAUAUGGAUAUGCUGAAGCUACUGCACCUACAAGAUGCGAUUCACGCUGAUCAGCUGGUGAUUGAUAUGCGUUAUCCUUCCUUGGGCCGUAGUAUGGAAAUGGCUAAUCCAGCUGGAUUAUCUCAUUUUCGAAAACUUUUGCUGAAACCCACACAAUGCUACUGCUACGAUGCCAUAUGGUUUGCUUUCUUAUGGUCACAUCUGGAGGGCAUAAGGGAGCUUCAAGUACGGAACAUUUUCCCCCAGGACCAUCUCAGUCGCCUACGUGACGUGUUGAUGCACUUUCCGCAGUUAUCAUCUCUCCGACUGCAGGGAAUGGUGAUACCAAGUGACAUGCAGUAUCUACCAACGAAUAUCAAGAUCGUCUCAAUUGAAGACUGUUCGGUGGAUGGCAACAGCGUUCAUUUUUCACCGAAUGUUGAAUGCGUUUGGGUGCAUAAAUUGUGGAACAAUAACGAAGAUUCCGGCAAUUCGGAUAUUGAUAGUAUGCAUCUGUUACCACAAGAUAAGUUUACUCCACUAGAAUCAAAGAUUGGACGCAUAAACCAUGGGCGGAGGUUGACGUAUUCCACACGGAAUACAAGUUAG